GCCAUCACCAUUUUCCUCUGCAUUACUUCUCUCACUACCAUUUUAACCUUUCCUUUUACAUAAAAAAUUCAUAACAUGGACGGCUCAGUAGCCAAAGGCACAUCCUGUAUCCAAGAUUCUCAAUCUUCUUCUGUUAUCGGGAACGCUGAUGCCACUCUCGGGCGCCAUUUGGCACGUAGGCUAGUUGAAAUUGGCAUUCAAGAUGUUUUCUCAGUGCCUGGUGAUUUCAAUCUCACACUUCUUGAUCACCUCAUUGCUGAACCAAGGCUUAAGAAUAUUGGCUGUUGCAAUGAACUCAAUGCUGGAUAUGCUGCUGAUGGCUAUGCACGAGCUCGCGGAGUUGGUGCAUGUGUUGUCACGUUUACUGUUGGUGGGCUCAGUGUGCUUAAUGCAAUAGCUGGUGCUUAUAGUGAAAACCUACCUGUUAUUUGCAUUGUGGGAGGUCCUAAUACUAAUGAUUAUGGAACUAAUAGAAUACUGCAUCAUACUAUUGGAUUGCCUGAUUUCAGCCAAGAAUUAAGAUGUUUUCAGACUGUUACAUGUUAUCAGGCCGUUGUAAACAACUUGGAUGAUGCACAUGAACAAAUUGAUAGAGCCAUUUCCACUGCUCUAAAAGAAAGCAAACCAGUAUACAUCAGUAUAAGUUGCAAUUUGCCAGCCAUUCCUCAUCCAACUUUCAGCAGGGAUCCCAUCCCAUUUUCUCUUUCACCUAGGUUAAGUAACAAGAGGGGAUUGGAAGCUGCAGUGGAUGCAGCAGUUACCUUUCUAAGCAAGGCAGUGAAACCAGUUAUGAUUGGAGGGCCAAAGCUAAGAGUAGCCAAAGCUUGUAAUGCUUUUGUUGAAUUGGCUGAUUCUUCUGGUUAUGCAAUGGCAGUGAUGCCAUCAGCAAAAGGGCUAGUCGCGGAACAACACCCUCACUUCAUUGGCACUUACUGGGGUGCAGUAGGCACAUCCUAUUGCGCAGAAAUUGUUGAAUCAGCUGAUGCUUACUUGUUUGCUGGUCCAAUCUUUAACGACUACAGCUCUGUUGGAUAUUCACUUCUGAUCAAGAAAGAGAAAUCGAUCAUCGUGCAGCCUGAUAGAGUUGUAAUUGGCAAUGGACCAGCUUUUGGUUGUGUCCUAAUGAAAGAUUUCCUGUCUGAACUAUCAAAGAAAAUAAAGAAAAAUGAAACUGCUUAUGAAAACUAUCGUCGGAUAUUUGUGCCUGAAGGAACACCUCUAAAAUCGGAGCCUAAUGAACCACUAAGAGUAAAUGUUCUGUUCCAGCAUAUACAGAAGAUGCUUUCAGAUGAAACAGCAGUGAUUGCUGAGACAGGGGAUUCUUGGUUCAAUUGCCAGAAGCUUAAGUUACCAGAAGGAUGUGGGUAUGUGACUAAUAACAGCUUAUCAGCCUGGUAUCCAUUUUAUUUACAGACAUUAGAAGAAAAAAGUUCGUGUUGCAGGUAUGAAUUCCAGAUGCAAUAUGGCUCCAUUGGUUGGUCUGUUGGUGCUACCUUGGGCUAUGCGCAAUCUGUACCUAAAAAACGUGUCAUAUCUUGCAUCGGUGAUGGAAGUUUUCAGGUUACUGCACAAGACGUGUCAACAAUGAUCCGUUGUGAGCAGAAGAGCAUAAUUUUCUUGAUUAAUAAUGGUGGUUACACCAUUGAGGUUGAAAUCCAUGACGGGCCAUACAAUGUGAUCAAGAACUGGAACUACACUGGCUUAGUGGAUGCUAUUCACAAUGGUGAAGGCAAUUGCUGGACCAUGAAGGUAAGGACUGAAGAGGAGCUCACAGAAGCAAUUGCAACUGCAACUGGGGAGAAGAAGGAUUGUUUAUGCUUCAUUGAAGUUAUUGUUCACAAGGAUGAUACUAGCAAAGAGCUGCUCGAAUGGGGUUCCAGGGUGUGUUCUGCCAAUGGCCGUCCACCAAACCCUCAAUGAGUCAAGAGUCUGGUUUUAUCUUAUCUAGAAUGAUAACGGCGUUGUUGAGGCCAACUUGCACGCACCCAAGCUAGCUCUUUCUUCAUGCCUCGAGAGUAUUAGAUUUCUUUCAAGUUUCGAGCAAUUAGAAAGCUGUUUACCAUUUAAUAAAAUGGAUUUUUGGAAUUAUUACAUGGCUCUAUUUGCUAUAGUUUCA